AUGUUCAAUACCAAAGGAAGACCACUAAAUAAGAAAAAUACGGAAAAAGUUGACCAGACCAAGCAAGUAUGUCCAGAUCAGGGCAAAAAGAACACACGUAGCUCAAAUACAGAGAUAGCGAGUGGCAAAAAAGAUCGCGCGUGCCGCAAAAGCGAUCGCGCGUGCCGCAAAAGCGAUCGCGCGUGCCGCAAAAAAGAUCGCGCGUGCCGCAAGAAAAGAUCGCGCGUGCCGCAAAAAAGAUCGCGGGUGGGGCAGAAAUGUCCCAAAAAAAUUUUUCUUGUGGCAGAGAAAGAUAGCCAAUGGCACAAAAAUAUCGCCAGCAACAAGAAAUCGACGGAAAUGGAUGAUACUGGAAGACCACUAAAUAAGAAAAAUACGGAAAAAGUUGACCAGACCAAGCAAGUAUGUCCAGAUCAGGGCAAAAAGAACACACGUAGCUCAAAUACAGAGAUAGCGAGUGGCAAAAAAGAUCGCGCGUGCCGCAAAAGCGAUCGCGCGUGCCGCAAAAGCGAUCGCGCGUGCCGCAAAAAAGAUCGCGCGUGCCGCAAGAAAAGAUCGCGCGUGCCGCAAAAAAGAUCGCGGGUGGGGCAGAAAUGUCCCAAAAAAAUUUUUCUUGUGGCAGAGAAAGAUAGCCAAUGGCACAAAAAUAUCGCCAGCAACAAGAAAUCGACGGAAAUGGAUGAUACUGGUAGGUGUGGAAGAGAUUGUUGGCAGUGA